AUGGACAAGCCGAUCGCCGCAACCGGCCCAGCGCCAGAAGAGGAGGGAACUGGGUCGACCGACUACAAGUCGUCCAGCUCGCAGGGAGUGAUGAAGGUCGAAGCAGCGAAUCAAAAGGAGCUCAUACGCAACACGGAAGCCAUGUUCAAGAACAUCUCUGAAUACAUUCAAGGAGAACUUCUGGUGACGAGUAGUGACUACAAGCUGCUGGAGCAGAUGAACCAUGUCACCACCGAGAAGUACAAGGCCAUGACCGAUCAGGCCACCGACCUGGUGCUCUUCAUGGAAGAGCUCCAGAAGAAAUAUGUGUCGUUCCAACCCUACCUCCAGCAGAUCGACACGAUCGAGAAGAGCGUUGAUGAGCUGGAGAGGACGGUAAUGCUCAUGGACGAGUACACGAGGCAGCUUGAGGGCAAGUUCAGGCUCCUCAACGAAAGGGAAAAGGCCGCAAUGGUCACACAGGUUAAGUCGAGAGGCCCAACGACUCCGGUCAGGAAGAACACCGGUGAAGAGCGGAAGGCCAUCUAG